AUGAGCGUAUCGAACCCUAACCUCACCAUGCAUGUAGGCACAAACAGUUGCAAGGGAUGCAACCGUCCCGAUACUGAGGAGGAUAUGGUGGCCUGCGAUAAGUGCAACGGUUGGUGGCACUUCAGCUGCGCCGGCGUGCAAGCAUCCAUUUGCGAUCGCUCGUGGCGUUGCCCAAACUGCUCGACGUUCUGCGGCACCAUCGGAUCCGAACAUUCGAAUGCUUCUAGCGCACGAUUACGGUUGAAGCAACUCGAAGAGGCUAAAGCACUGGAGGAUAAGAUACGGAAGGAGCAAGCCGACAAAGAAAGGGAAUUCUUAGCAGCGAAGCACCAACUGGAGUCGGAGAUUGAAGCCCGGCAAUCGGUAAGCGGGAGCCUUAGAAGCCACGGAAGUCAUCGCAGCCGACGUAGCAGAGUAGGAACUUGGGUGGCAGAACAGGAUUUCACAAUAGGAAAUAGAGCAAUUGAGAAUCCACCAGAGACCGGCAAAACCUCUACCCCAAUACUGACGGGUCAGGUAGGAACCGGAGCGACGGCCAAAAUUCUUCCGCCACCUCAACUGAACACCCAAGAGCAGCAGCAGAAAUAUCCUACCGAACAGCAACAGUCAUACGCGACCCUCACGAACGAGCGGAAAAAAGGACUCCCUCCCAACACACCGUUGAGCCUGCCGAAGCAGCUGCUUCCUCCAGCAAAACCGCCGGGGAUACCGGAGCCAUCAUUUUUCCCUGUGAACUCGUCGCGCACCCUAGAACAAAAGAUUCCAGUGGCAGAAACAACGACCACGACGAAGUCAGUGCUCGCGUCACUGAAUCCGAUGGCUACAACAGAGCCGUCCCAUUUUUCCAUUACGUUAGGCGCAAUGCAGUCUCAGCGGCUCCCGGCCGGACCAAUGAACACGGCAGCACACUGGCGCGGCAACUUCCUUCGACAGAGCUUCCACCCACGGUACCACUCGCAGAGGUUUUUGUGGCGUACGAAUCCCGAAUCCACGCCGGACGUGUACACAAUGGAUGUGGUCACAUUCGGGGCCACUUGUUCGCCAUGUUCCGCGCAAUAUGCGAAAAAUUUGAAUGCGGCAGACUACGAAGCAGAGUAUCCAGAAGCGGCGAGAGCCAUCACGAAGAAUACCUAUGUGGACGACUACUUAGACAGCCGAGACACCAUCGAAGAAGCUGUCCAGUUAGCGGUUUCCGUUCGCGAAGUCCACAGUAAAGCUGGAUUCGAACUCCGAAAUUGGCACUCCAAUGCCCAAGAAAUUCUCAACCGGAUCGGAGCUGAAAAUAGUUCAGAAGCAGUAAAGAGCUUCACCGCAGACAAAACAACAGCUACAGAGCGCAUCCUUGGUAUGAUGUGGGAACCAACUGAGGACCUGUUCGUGUUUUUCACCCAAUUUCACGAGGAUCUUCUUCCGUUGUUAUCCGGUGAAACAGUGCCCACAAAGCGCCAAGUUUUACGUGUGGUCAUGAGCCUUUUUGAUCCAUUGGGACUCAUUUCUUGCUUCACGGUCCACGGAAAAAUCCUACUCCAGAAUAUUUGGAGGUCUGGCGUGGGUUGGGACGAUCCCCUUAUCCCAAGGGACUUCUUGGACUGGCAACGCUGGACGAAAGUGCUGCCCGAGCUGAACCGACUACAAAUCCCAAGGUGUUAUUUUCCUGACUACGAACGGGAAAGUAAUGGAUCUCUGCAAUUACAUAUUUUUGUUGAUGCGAGUGAGCUUGCCUACUGUGGUGUUGCAUACUUUCGCAUAAUCGACCGUGGGACCCCACGAUGCUCUUUGGUCGCUGCAAAGGCUAAAGUAACUCCUCUUCGGCCUCAAUCCAUUCCCCGCAACGAGCUGAAUGCAGGAGUAAUUGGCGUGCGGCUUAUGAAAAGUGUUACGGAGAACCAUUCACUGCAAAUCACCAAGCGCUACUUCCACACUGAUUCGACGGUCCUCUUGGCAUGGCUACGUGCUGAUCCUCGCAAGUAUCGUCCCUACGUCCAGUUUAGAACAACGGAAAUCUUGACAGACACGAAGGUAGAGGAAUGGCGCUGGGUACCCACCCGGUUAAAUAUAGCAGACGAAGCAACCAAGUGGGGCAACGGCCCCAGUUUCGAUGUCCAGGAUAAAUGGUACCGCGGUCCGGAUUUCCUCUGGCAACCGGAGAGCGAGUGGCCAGUGAAAAAACCUCUAAUCGAAGAACCAACGGAUGAACUGAGAAAGACGAACGUACAUCAGGAGGUGACGACCGAUCCAGUGCUGGAGUUCACCAAAUUCUCAAGCUGGGAGGAUUUAAUCAAGUCUCUGGCCUAUCUAUACCACUUCAUUAAUCGCUGCUCGACCAAACAACGUGUUCCAACAAAAUCCCGCAUGGCAACGUUAACCCACCAAGACUUCGUAUCCGCUGAAAAAGGCUUGUGGCGGAUGGUCCAAAACCAGGAAUUUGGAGAGGAAAUUUCGUCCUUGCAGUCCUCUGAAUCUUCUACGCAGAAAAGUACACGGCUUCCGAAAUCGAGCCCAUUGGCAAAACUGUCGACAUUCCUAGAUGACGACGGAAUUCUACGCUCGGAAAGCAGGAUUGACCCAAAAGCUGCUUAUUAUCCGUACAAUUUUCAAAAUCCCAUAAUUGUUCCCAAGUAUCACUACGUGACGGAUCUGUUGAUUCUACGUUUCCACCGGCUGUACGGUCAUGCCAAUACCGAGACCGUUCUGAACGAACUUCGGCAGCUCUACUGUAUUCCGAAGAUGCGAUCCGUUGUAAAGAAAACCGUUAAAAAGUGUAUGUGGUGCCGCGUAUACCGAGCCAAACCUGAAGCACCUAGGAUGGCUCCGUUGCCGCAGCCGCGUGUCAUGCCCUUCGUGCGUCCCUUUACGCACACGGGCAUCGACUAUUUUGGACCCCUGAUAGUGAAGCAAGGACGCAGCAAUGUUAAAAGAGAACUUGCUGCGGAGAUCAAGAACAUCAAUCUCGCUUUAGCGGGUUCCUUCACUAAUGCCGAAACAGAGUGGCAUUUCAAUCCACCGUCUGCUCCCCACAUGGGCGGUAUGUGGGAGCGGAAAGUGCGCUCAAUUAAGGAUGCUUUCAAAGUCCUGGCUCAUCGCGAAAAGCUCGACGACGAAGGACUGCUCACAUUACUGUCGGAGGCUACAAUGAUCGUCAAUUCCAGGCCUCUUACAUUUGUACCACUCGAAUCUCCUGAACGAGAGGUGCUCACGCCGAACAGUUUUCUUUUGAUGAGCACUAGCAGUGGUAGCACCAACCUUGUGCGCGUCCCCAUCGACCAACCGAUUUCGCUGCGCACGAAUUGGGGAGUCAUGCUACACCUCUUGAACCAGUUUUGGAAAACCUGA